UCGAGGGAGGCGAUUCCGUGCAAGGACAACGGCUGGAAAGUUAAGCAUACAAUAAGUAUUGGGUAUGAAGAAGUCGUCACAAGCACAUAUAUCGAGAAGGCCGUGCAGAGCAAGCACGCGAGCAAGCGAUCCAAAUAAAAAACAUCCAGCAAAGCGAGUCGGCGUGCGAGAACAGAAGGAACGAAGUGAGGAAUGCGGAAUGCGAAGUAAGCGCCGGGAAACAUAGACUACAACGAGCAACUUCCGACCGAGAUCUGGAGAAACAAUCACAAAAAAAAAACAAGUAAACGGUAUAGGUCGACGACGCUGGACACAAAAAACAGUCGUCGGCGGCCAGAACGGCAGUCCGGUAGCAUAACGGCAUCGAGUGAUCAUGAGCGCAAAGAAACGAGCCUGCGCAUUAGGGAUACAGUUAUCAACUUCCAAUCCCUCCUCCUCCCCCGCCGUGUGCCACCGGCCUACGACGCGACCUGGCCCUGGUACUUCCGAAUCAAAUCCCGCAACCGCG